CAUUUCUGACCAUCUGUUCCAGGAAGUAUUUGUAGUGGAGGAUUGUCUCAAGAUGUAUUACACAGGAGUUGUGCAGAUGUCAGAGAUGGGAGACCUUCCAUGAUCUGUUAUCUAUUAAAAUACAUCUAUUUAAGGAUUUAUUGUGUUCUUAACUGUCAGUGAACUCAACAACAGGCCAAGCUGGAUAAGCUACCAUAUCUCCGUGAUACUGUGGAGUGGUUGAUGGGAGUAAAACCUGUUGACUGGCUUGGUCAUGCGCUGAGGCAGAUUGAAGAAGAUGAACAAUUACGAAGAUCCCGUCGAACUCGAGAUCGAGAUGGAAGUGGAAAUUGUAGCCCAGGACCAGUUUCUGAAGAGCGCAAACUUUACCUCGAGGAUGCUGUCCUUGAACGGAAGCUGACCAAUACUGAGCUCAGGUCCCUUGUCAUCCUUCCUCCACUCAUAGGCAUGAAUGAGUGGCUUGCAACACACACUAUUGCUUUUUUCAGCCACAUCAACCUGAUUUAUGGAACCAUAUCCGAAUCCUGUGUGAUAUCUGGGUGCCCAGAGAUGAUUGGACCUUACCAGAGGCAGUAUUUAUGGCAGGAUGAGAAAGGGAAAAAGGUGAAGCUCCCUGCCCCACAGUACAUUGAUUAUGUGACUACGUUCAUUCAGAGGACCUUGAAUGAUGAUUCUGUGUUCCCAACAAAAUAUGGCCAGGAAUUUCCAAGCUCGUUCGAGUCAAUGGUGAGGAAGAUCCUGCGACUUUUGUAUCAUGUGAUAGCACACCUCUACCACAGUCAUUUCAAGGAACUUGUACUCCUGCAUGUGCACUCACACCUCAACACGGUGUUUGUGCACUUGACUGUCUUCAAUGACACAUUUCACCUCAUAGAUGAGAAGGAAACUGAUGUGCUUGAGGACUUGGUGGUGGCAUUGAAGCUGCGCCAGGUGAUUGGAGAUGAGAUGAAAGCUGAAGCCAAAGAGAAACACAUGUCUACGGGUGAUAGUGGCGGGGAAGUGAGUGACCAUGUUGAAGUGGAGAACCCAUUGCUGGAUCCCCCUCCUAGCCUUGUUCUGCAGAGUGGCAGUGGGGAAAGAAAGACUAGAGGCAUCCCUUCAUCACUCACUUUGGUAACUGGUGGGGCUGAAGUCUAGGGAAUGGAAAAUAGGGCAGGAUGCAUCUCCUCUAUCAUUAUUUCAUGAAGGCAAAACAAAAACACUAAAGUUUGCACCUCGACCAUUGUGCUUUCACACUGUCCGGUCUGUCUUCAGGGUCUUGAGAGAGUGGUGUGAGCUUCAUUCAGGAGCUGUGAUACAAAAAUGCGGAUAGUGUGUUCUGGAGUGAUUGCUAUGGAAUGGCUAGAAGAGAGGUCUGGUCCUGAUGCCUUCAGGUAUUGAGGAAAAUUCCCUGGCAAUAUCCCAGUCAGUUUCUGACUAUUUUCUUCUGCUAGAAAUAUGUAAGCCUCAUGACAUAUCACAUUAGUGUCAUGGCACUCACUUUUGUCCCCUCAAAAAGGGCUGUCACUUCAGUCAUCUCCCACUUUCAAGAGCACCUUUGCACUAUCAACUCCAGGAUUUCCUCCUCACAAAUGUUGUUGUUGGAACCUGAAGUCUAUUUUAGAGACUGUAGACUCUAUCUAUUGUUACUUGGAGAUCAUACUUAUAUUGAAACAAGGUAGUUUCUGCUGGGAGAUGUUUUGAGACCAGACAUAAUAACCUAGUUUACAUAGCUUAUAUGUCUUUCUUGGAGCAUCUUGAAACGUGUGCCACUCUCCCUGUUACUUAAUAUGAAUUUUUUGUUUUAUGGGCCUAUAAGAAACUUUUUUCUGGUAAUCUUCACUUCAUCUGUGUUGUUGAGUCAUGUUGCAGGAAAUUGUUGUAGUGAUGCAAGUUGGAACUUUCUAUCUGUAAUACUAGAGGAUACCCCACUUCAGUAUUAUACUCUGGAAAGGCUUGAGAGAAGGAGAGAUCAAACAAAGGACAUUUUUUGUUGUUGUUGCUGCUGUUGGUUUUUGCCUUGCAUUUGUGUAGUUCCUUAGCAAUAUUCUGCUCGUCCCCACAGCUGCUGCUGGCAUUCCGUUUCUCCAUGGUUGUGUACUGUAGUCAGUGCUAGAAACCCAUUGUGAUGUUUUUUGCACGCUCUGCCCCCUUGAGUCUCGGUGAUCUUAUUUAUUUCCUUUGUUGCAAACUCUUGGAGGCAAAAGAACAGGGAAGGGAAUUUAACUAUUCAAGUAGGCCUAUUUGAAGACCCUGAUUGUGGAUGUUCUGCAUACUUCUUCUGGUAGCCUUGACACUUAAUUUAUCAUUUGUUUUUCUCAGCCUUCAAUGUAUUUAUUCGGAUAUAGGAGAGCAUUUCCUCGAUUGGGGGUGUGUGAGUGGAAAGCAUGGAUGAAAAGUAAUCCAAGCCAAAGCCAGUCAGACCUCUGAUAGAUGACUCCACUGUCUCUUUGACUCUGAUUACGUCACUCCUUUAUUGUACAGGGUGGCCAUAUAGGACAUAAAGGGAUGCUGCUUUUUAAUCUGUGUGAGAGAGACAAGGGUUGUUGCAUUGCAUGUCUGCACUGGAUUCCAAUAGCUUUGUGAUUUUCAGCUAGUGAUGUCCUUUCUGGCAGCGGCCAUGUCUCGUUUCCUUUCUCGCAAGACCAUUGUGAUACUGCGUGAGCAAUGAUUCCGAAUCGGGAGUGGUUUCCAUGAUGAUUCUAUGCUCUGUUCACUUCACUCAAGUGAGCUUAUUCCCAGGAUUAAAUAGAAGGAAGAAGAAAAUGGGCCACCCUUGUAACGCUGAUGCUAUUUAAGACAUGAGAAGAAAAAAUUAUUUUCCUCGCAAAGGUUGUUGAAGUUUCCUGUUGAAAGAUAAUAGACCUCAUAACUAGCA